AUGGAUAUCAUCUGGCGGGACACUUCUUCCGCUGCGCUAUACGAGGAGGCGCGUUUGGCACGGGUCUUCAACUCUCGCCACCCCUACCACCACCCCACGGCUAUCGUGUGCGCGAGAACGGAGUCCGAUAUCAUCGAAGCAGUUCAGCUAGCGCGCAAAAUGAACCUGCAGGUCGCCGUCCGCUCUGGCGGCCACUCGUUCCCGGGUUGGAGUCUUCACGACAGUUCUCUCUUGAUCGACCUUGGCGACUACCGUGAAGUCAAGGUUGAUUUGGAGAGAAAGGAAGCCUGGAUCUCUUCCGGGAUGAAAAGUGACAUUGAUCUGCAGUUGAUGAAGGACUGUGGACUGAUGCUGGGUGCGGGCCAUCACCCCGGUGUUGGGAUUGGGGGUUACUUGCUCCAGGGAGGGCUAUCCUGGAAUUGCAGGAACUGGGGUUGGGCUUGUGAGAGGGUCAAGGCUCUUGAUGUGGUCACAUGGGAUGGGACUCUUGUCCGUUGCUCUGCGGAUGAGAACAGGGAUUUGUUCUGGGCUGGGCGGGGAGCUGGGCCUUGUUUCCCCGGCAUCGCCACCCGGUUUCUCGUACAGCUUCUCCCUGCACCAAAGGUCAUCCGUUCGUCCGGGUACAUUUUUCCCAAGAAUAGGUAUACAGAGGCCUUCAACUGGAUCCUUGAGCUCACACAAACUUUGGACAAAGACACGGAAAUCGCGGCUGCCUGCCGGUAUCCUGACGGUAUUGACCAGAUCUGCUUUAUGGUGUACUUCAUCACAAUGAAGGACAGUGUGUCUGCAGCGAAGAGCGCCUUGCUGCCAGCACAACAAAGCCGCCCAGAGGGCACGUUUCAAGAGUGGUUCUGUGAAGAAGACAGUCUCGAGCAGGAAUACGCGAACGAAAUUAGCGCUUACCCGGGAGAUCGUCGCUGGGUGGCGGACAAUGCCUUCAUCGAGAACGAGGUAGAUGUGGCUGCUGUGCUGGAGGAGAUCUGUAUGUCACUGCCAGACAAGCGAUUUGUUGUGCUUUGGUAUCCGUUGGCCCCGCAGAGUCGUCGUCAAUUGUCGGACAUGGCUUUCAGCCUACAAUCGGAUCACUACGUCGGCACCUAUGCAAUUUACGAGAACGAAAGCGAUGAUGAGAGAUGUCGUUCGUGGAUGCAAGAGACAGCACAAAAGCUGGAGCCAUAUCGUAUAGGCUCUUUCUCUGGUGAAACCGACUUUCGGGCUCGUGAUGUUAAAUGUUGGGGUGACAAGCAGUCCGAAAGGUUAAUUCAAGUACGACAAAGAUGGGAUUCAGAGGGAUGUUUCUGUGGGCCAUUAGAGAUAGUCCAUGUGUAA